AUGCUUCUGCCCAUGCGCCGCCUGAAGCGGACCUCCCUCCUCCACAUAUGUCUGCUCUUCUUCACCCUAGACGCCUAUCUCAUCAUCCGCAACCGCCCCGUCACCGACUACCCAGCCAGUAUCCCCUCCCGGCACCCCGGCAACGAAACUUUCUUCAUCGCCAGCAUCCACCGAAACAACGGGGCCCUUCUAGCCUAUCCCGUAUCCUCUAACAUACUCAAGCUCGUCGACUACCUCGGCCCCGACCGCGUGCACUUCUCCGCCGUCGAGUCCGGCUCCAAAGAUGACACCAAAGCCAGGCUCUCCUCCCUCCAGGACCAGCUCAACGCCAAGGGCGUCUCAAACACCAUCAUCCUCGGCAAGACAGCCCCGGAACAGCUCGCCGAGAUCCAUGACCGGCCUCCGCCGUCCUCCGGCUUCGGCCCGCUGCCGCCCGGGUGGAUAUGGAACCCCCACGAGAGCCAGUUCGACAUGCGCCGCGGCAGGAGGUUCGACAAGGUCAUCUGGCUCAACGACGUCGUCUUCGAGACGCGCGAGGUGCACACGCUGCUGGGCACCCGCGGGGGCGCCUGCGCCGCCGCGUGCGCCAUGGACUUCAUCCUCUGGCCGUACUACUACGACACCUUUGCGCUGCGCGACGACGCGGGUCUGAAGACGGCGUCGUGGUACUGGCCGUGGUUCCAUAGCCCGCGCGCGCGAGCGUCUGCGGAGGCGAUGGAGCCCGUGAAGGUGAAGUCGUGCUGGAACGGCAUGGUCGUGUUUGACGCGGCGCCGUUUUAUGACGAUGGACUGCGGUUCCGCGGUGCCGAUGACAGUCUUGCGGCGAAGCAUCUGGAGGGGUCGGAGUGUUGCCUGAUUCAUGCGGAUAACCCUCUCAGUCGUGAGAAAGGGGUGUGGUUGAACCCCAAUGUACGCGUGGGGUACAAUGAGAGGGUGUUUGAGCAGACGAAGAUGGAUCGGUUCCCGACACCGUGGGCUGCGGUGGUUGGGUUCUGGGCGAACAGGUAUCUGAGGGUGCGGAACAGUAUCCAGCUUACGUUGGAGCGGUGGGCGGUUGAGAAGAAGUUGCGGCAGUGGGUUGACGAGACGCCGCCGAGUGAGUUGCCGCGAAGUGAGCCGGGGGAGAUGUGCCUCAUCAACGAGAUGCAGAUCAUGUGGGAGAACGGGUGGAAGCAUAUAUAG